AUGACCGCCACCAUCCCCUGGCCCUUCUAUCACAGCACUCCCACCACCGCCACCGCCGAGCCCGUCGUCAACAAAGAAUCGACCCAGGCGUCGCUGCACCAUUACUCGACGCCAGGCGUUGCACCGCCCUCCGCUCGUGUGGAUCCGAAGUUGAAGCCUCUGCAGAGGAAACCAAUCAGGCUCUGGCAUGUCUGGAAAUAUGGCCUGGUCGCCGUGUCGAAAGUAACGGAAGUCACUAUGGAUGUCGUCUCGCACGGAAUUUGGGGACCUCGCAGAAAGUCGUGGGGCAUAGAGAUGACAAUCCUCUCCAGUAUCAUGCGUGGCGCUGGACAGCAUUCGUCUUUGAUCGACCUCAGAACACUCCGAAUGCUGAUGAGCAUAGGUGGCCUAGUCCCUCUUCCCUCGGAUGCACUUGUAACCCCCGUGACGUUUCGUGUGCGCAAACGACGUUUACGCGGUAUAUUAUCCGAAAUCGAUUCAAAGGAGGACGGAUCUCGUGAGCUAUCUGGCGAAUGGGUUGUAGGCCGGCGUACAUGGCUCAGGCUGCAGGCAGAAUGGAAGGCCAGCCACCAGAAAUCGGGUUCCAAGGAUAAGUCGCACAGGGUGAAGAAGGAGCGCGUAAUUAUGUACAUCCACGGCGGAGCAUACUAUCUUUCAAGUGCAGCCGCCAUGAGACUCAUAUCGAUACCGUUAUCGAAGUAUACUGACGCCCGUGUCUUCUCCCUGGACUACCGGCUCGCUCCCGAGUCGCGUUUCCCCGGUCCGCUGCACGAUGCUGUCACCGGAUACCUUCGUUUGGUCGAGGAUUUGCAUAUACCGCCGGAGAACAUUGUCAUCGCCGGAGACAGCGCUGGGGGCGGCUUGACGCUAGCCCUCCUGAUGUAUUUGCGGGACAAUGCAUACCCUUUACCAGCUGGUGCGAUAUUGAUGUCGCCUUGGGUUGACUUGACGAUGAGCUGCGAAUCAUGGGAGUCCAACUCGCGGUACGAUGUUAUCCCUAUCCCCAAUCCAGGCGAUCACCUCGACCCCGUCUCAGCAUAUCUCGGUGAACAUAUGGAACGGUUCCUCACCCAUCCAUACGCUAGCCCGUUAUUUGGUGACUUCAAAGGAUUACCGCCGUUGCUCAUACAGUCUGGUGACGCUGAAGUGCUACGGGAUGAGAUCACACUCCUGGCCCACAAGGCUACGCUUGCAGGAGUGAAUGUACGACAUGAGCUUUACGAAGAUGCUAUUCAUGUGUUCCAACUAUACCCCUUCCUCGACGCAUCCCGCCGCGCGUUCAUGUCAGCCCGAGAAUUCGUGCGCAAGACCCUUCCUGAUAUCCAGAGCCGCUCGCCACAGAUGCUCGACAACAAGGCGGAAGACGUGCUCGAACAGGAGAUCGACAACGAGAAUGCCACCGUUGUCAGAGGGGACGGCGUCGAGACGGUGUCUGGCAUGGAGGAGGUCAAACAUGAGCUCGAGCGAGAAGAGGAGAUUGAGGACAGCUCGAGGGUAGAGAGUUCCGAUAGCGAGGAUGAGCGUGGGCCGAAGGAGUAUCCUAGCUGGGGCAAGAGCCAGAUAUGGAGUUCAUUGUCUUCGACUCCGUCAAGUAUCGACGAUCUGGAGCUCGAGGACGCGGAAGAGGAUUUGCUCGCCCAGUCGGAACGCAGGAAGAACACGAAUGCGGUAGAGACCACGACUUCGCAAGUACCUCCAAGGAGAACGCUUCGCCGUCGCGCGACGAUGCCUACGUUAACGACACUGAAGCGUCUUUCAUCCGCGAUCUCGUAUAUCAUGCCCGAUCCUAUGGUAGCGUCUCCCUCCAAGCUUCCUCCGCUCUCUCGUACCCAUACCUCCGAGUCCCUCCAUCGCCACGGUACUCGAUCCCGUGUAAAUACUCUGUCUUUAAGCAUGGUGUCUCCGCCACCCUCCCCAUCCAUACGGCGGUUCAACUCGAGCCACCCCGAUAUCACUUCGCUGGUCGAACAAUGGACUUCAUCGGGUCCCGCUAAUCGCACGAUGAUGUAUAAACCACUCAGCCAUUCUUCAUCACAACAACAGCAUUCAUAA